AUGCUCGCCGCCGCCGACUCCCGGCGCCUCCGCCUUCUUCGCCCCUUCCGCCGCCGCCAAACGCAGACCCGCGAGCUCACCGCCGGGGAAACUGACUCCGCCUCUACCUCUCCGCCGCAGGCGGAACCAUCGCCGGCGGCGGCGUCCGCGGUAGGCGAGGGAAAAGAAGGUGAUCGAGCUCAACUCAUCUCUGAGAUCGCCGGGAAGGUCUGUAAGGCCAUCAGAGGGCGACCCAGAUGGGAGGAGAGUCUCCUCCAAGAUCUCUCCGCCUGCUAUCCUCAGUCCCUCCUCUUCCACCCCUCCUGCGUCCGGGAAGUCCUCCGCCGCCAGUCCUCGGACCCAUUCCUCUCCCUCAGGUACUUCCUCUGGGCGGCCUCCUCUUCCUCAUCCGCCGCCACCGCCGCCGAUCCGGCGGCGUCCACCGCUGUGUUCGACGGCCUGGUGGCGGCCCGUGCGUGGGGCGCCGCCAUGGCCAUCAUCCGCUCGACGAAAUGCCGCCCCGAGAACCGGUCCCUGCGCUUCUUCCUCGAUCAGCUCUGCGCCGAGAACGCCCUUGAGGAGGCUCUGGAAGCGGUGAUCCUGCUGAAAUCAGAGCUGGGCUUCACCCCCUCUGCACCCUUCUGGAACGCCGCCCUCGCGGGGUCUCUCAGGGCCGGGAGACCUGACCUCACCUGGCGCUUCUACGAGAAGAUGACGCAGUGGGGGGUCGCCGGCGACGCCUCCACGGCGGGCUCCCUCGCUGGAGCUCUCUGCGCCGAGAAGCGGCUCUCCGAGGCACACCGCCUCCUGCGGGGGCUCGCCAGAGACGGCGUCUCGCCGGACGCCGUCUUCUUCACUGGACUGGUCGCCGGCCUCGCCGGAGAAGGAAGCUACGGCGAGAUGUCGGAGGUCCUCCACCUGAUGAUCGCCGCCGGCCGCCCCCCGGACGUCUUCAUCUACCAGGCGAUCAUCCACGGGCUCUGCAGGAACGGGCUGGGAUCAGAAGGGCUACGCGUUUUUGAGGAGCUCAAGUUGAGAGGGUAUUCCCCGGAUGUGCCCACCUACACAGCCAUGAUCGACGGCCUCUGCAAGAUGGGUCGAACGGAGGAGGCCCUCGGACUGCGGGAGGAGAUGAUCGGCAAGGGCCUGGUCCCCAACCGGUACACCUACAACGUCCUCGUGGACCACCACUGGAAGAAGGGCGACCCAGCUGCGGCGCUGCGGCUGCACGAGGAGAUGCUCUCCUCGGGGAUCUCUGAGAACACCGUCACCUGCAACACCAUGAUCGCCGGGUUCUGCUCACAGGGUAUGACGGCGGCGGCGUUCGCCGUGUUCCAGGGGAUGCCGGCGAAGGGCAUCCACCGGGAUGUGAUUUCCUACAACACGCUGAUUCAGGGCCUCGCCGGCGGCGGGAGGAUCGUUGAGGCUGUGGGCAUCUACAGGGAGCUUCUGGAUGCCGGCCUGCGACCCGGCGGCGAGACCUGUGACCCCCUCAUACGGGCGCUCUGCAACGCCGGCGAUUUGACGGCGGCCGGCGAUUUGCUGGAGGAGAUGGUGAGGAGGAAGGUGGAGCCAUUGUCCCGCUCCUUUGAUUGCAUCAUCCGAGGCUUCUGUGACGCGGGGAACGCCGACGAGGGGAUGCGGUGGCUGGCGAGGACGUUCGGCGCCGGCAACACGCCCGAGGAGGAGACGUUCAACAGGAUGCUGGUCUGCCUCUGCGCCGGCGACCGGUUGGACGACGUUCUGCUGGUCUUCAACAAGAUGGUGACAGUUGGGCGGCGUCGCCUCGGAGGGCCCAUCUGUGGGUUACUGAUUGAAACCCUCUGCGGGAAGAACCCACCUCUGGUCGAUGAUUGUAUGAAUAAAAUCCUGGCCGAUCCUUGA